AUGGACAUCGGGCCUAUACCAUGGCUGGGCCCUCUGCUCCUGGUUUCCCUCUGGGCAUCCUCAGCUCCAGCUUCCCUCCUUCGGCGCCUUGGUGAGCACAUCCUGAGGUUUCAGGAGAGCUCAGCCUUGGGCCUGGGCCUGGGCCCAGAUUCUGUGACCCUCCCAAAAGAGGGGUGGUUGGAGCAGCCACUGGACCCCUUCAAUGCCUCUGACAGACGCUCCUUCCUGCAGCGGUACUGGGUAAAUGACCAACAUUGGACCAGCCAAGAUGGACCUGUAUUCCUGCAUCUGGGGGGUGAAGGCAGCCUUGGACCUGGUUCAGUGAUGAGAGGGCACCCUGCAAAUCUGGCCCCAAUCUGGGGGGCCCUGGUGAUAAGUCUGGAACAUAGAUUUUAUGGCCUGAGUAUACCUGCUGAGGGGCUGGACAUGGCCCAGCUCCGCUUCUUGUCCAGCCGCCAUGCGCUGGCGGAUGCGGCCUCUGCCCGCCUCACACUCUCCCGCCUCUUCAACGUCUCCUCCACCAGCCCCUGGAUCUGCUUUGGAGGUUCCUAUGCUGGCUCCCUGGCUGCCUGGGCCCGGCUAAAGUUUCCCCAUCUCUUUUUUGCCUCCAUCGCCUCUUCCGCUCCGGUGCGGGCCUUACUGGAUUUCUCCAAGUAUAAUGACGUGGUGUCUAGAAGCCUAAUGAACACUGCGAUUGGCGGAUCCCUGGAGUGCCGGGCGGCGGCGUCCGCAGCCUUUGCGGAGGUGGAGCGGCGGCUGCGCGCGAGCGGGGGGGCUCGGGCAGCGCUGAGCGUGGAGCUGGGAGCGUGCGGGUCCCUGGAGCGCGCUGAGGACCAGGCAGAGCUUCUGGGGGCGCUGCAGGCACUCGUGGGAGGUGCGGUGCAGUACGAUGGGCAAGCUGGAGCGCCCCUGAGUGUGCGACAGCUCUGCAGACUCCUCCUCGGGGAUCGGGGCAACUGCAAGGGCAACUGCAGCGGCCCUGCACCCUACCGCGGGCUUCGUCGGGCAGUGCAGGUUGUCACACACAGCCUGGGUCAGAGGUGUUUAAGCAUUCCUCGAGCAGAGACAGUGGCACAGCUGAGGGUCACAGAACUCCAAGUGUCCAGCGUGGGUGACCGGCAGUGGUUGUACCAAACUUGUACCGAGUUCGGCUUCUACGUCACCUGUGAGGUCCCCGGGUGCCCUUUCUCCCAGCUCCCAGCUCUGCCCUCCGAGCUUGAGCUAUGUGAACAGGUGUUUGGGCUUUCAACCUCAUCUGUAGCUCAGGCUGUGGCCCAGACCAACUCCUAUUAUGGUGGCCAGACCCCAGGAGCCACCCAAGUGCUAUUUAUUAAUGGGGAUACAGACCCCUGGCAUGUGCUAAGUGUGACACAGCCUUUGGGACCCUCCGAGCCAGCCCUUCUCAUCCCUAGUGCUUCUCAUUGCUUGGACAUGGCACCUGAGAGACCCUCAGAUUCCCCGAGCCUCCGCCUUGCGCGACGGAAAAUCUCCCAGCAGCUGCAGACCUGGCUUGGGCUGGCAAAGAAGAGCCAAGUUAGGGGUGCUGUCUGAAUCCUACACCCUCACCAACUCCAGAAGGGCUACUUCAGUCCUGGAUGUAUCCAUUUAUUCGACAAGAAAAGGCAACUUGUUCUGAAAGAGGAAAUUCCCAGGAAUUCAUAUUUAGCAACUGUCCUGCAUAAAACCAUCCUAUGUCUGCAAAAUCCUCACUCCUGACUAAAAGUGCUUUGUUACAAAGAGUUAUAUAAAUUAAGUGAUUAUUCUCAAUGUUCUGUCAUUUUUGUUCAGUCACAAAGCCGUGUCCGACUCUUUGGGACCCUGUGAACUGUAGCCUGCCAGGCUCCUCUGUUCAUGGAAUUCUCCAGACAAGAAUACUGAAGUGGGUUGCCAUUCCCUUCUCCACAACUCAAUGUGAAUAUUAUUUUAAAUGUCAAAUAAACAUGGCUCUUUACGCUCAUCUCCUCCCCCUGAAAAUCAGCUUCAGGCUCAAAUUCUGUUCAAGUACUGGGCUGGGUGCCUUGCUGCCUGUCUGUCUCUGGACUUCAGACCCUGACCUGUCUCUGCUUCUCACUGUUGCUCUCACUGGACCCCCCUCCCACAGUCUCCUCCUGCCUGAACUCUCUCUGGCUCUAACUGUCUCUCAAUCUGCUCCUGUUUCUCUGAAUAUCUUCAUUUCUGUCUCUCUCUGUGUCUUAGUCUGGUUCUCUUUCUUGCUCUUCGUCUCUGUCUCGGCCCUUGUUGCUCAUUCAGUAUCUCUCUACUUUCCUCCCCUCUUGCUUGCUCUGUCCUUACUUAUCUCCAUUGCUCUAUUUCUGUC